GUUAGCACCUCUGGCGCGCCGGCCGUCCCAAGCGAGCCUACCGCCCCGGGCGCGCCUGCAGGCUCUGGAGGGGUCUCUGGCGGGGCUCCAGGGGCCAGCCCCGCCCCCCCCAGGGGUCAGGCGCCCCGGCGGAGGUCUGUCACGCCUGCUGCCAAGCGCCACCAGUGCCCCUUCCCGGGCUGCAACAAAGCCUAUUACAAGUCGUCGCACCUCAAGUCCCACCAGCGUACGCACACGGGUGAGCGCCCUUUCUCCUGCGACUGGCUCGACUGCGACAAGAAGUUUACGCGUUCUGACGAGCUGGCCCGCCACUACAGGACGCACACGGGCGAGAAACGCUUCUCCUGUCCCCUCUGCCCCAAGCAGUUCUCCCGGAGCGAUCACCUGACCAAGCACGCCCGCCGCCACCCAACCUAUCAUCCCGACAUGAUCGAGUACCGGGGGCGUCGUCGCACUCCCCGCGUCAACCCACAACCCACCAGUGUGGUGGAAAGCUCCAGCUCCGACCCCAGCCAGGCGCCUAACCUCACCACCUGCCUGUAG